AUGGAAAAAUGUCAAAAAGAAGGCACCAUUCUUGGUCACGAAGUAGAACUGACUUGGUUCCGGGAUAUUCGUCGCUAUUUAGCUCAUUGUGCCAAACAAGGAGUUAGACCUUCUCGCUUUAAUAACCAUGGUAGUUCAGGACAUCGCGGCAGUGGGCGUCGAUCUUAUACUCGUUCUCCUGAGCGUGGUCCAACAGAAGAAUAUAGUGGUGGUAACAAAUCCGUGAGUCGAUCUGUGUCUGGUUCUCCUUCGCAUCGUAGUCUUACACAUUCUGAUGCGGAUUCGCGUUCUCGAAGUAAAUCAGUGUCGUCCCAGUCAUCACAACAUUCCGAACCAAAAUCUUUGGAUUAUUCUGAUAUCGUAAAGAAGGAACGUUCUCCUUCACCACCACCUAAGAAACAGAAGAGCAAGAAAAAAGAGCGAAAAGAGAAGAAGAAACGCAAACAUUAUUCUUCUUCGCCGAAUAUUCAUACGGCAAAAACUCAGAGAACUGAAGGUUCUGAUAUUGAUGUAAGUGAUGGAGAGUCUUCACCUCCAUCAAAAUAUGCAAAUGCCAAUCAAGGACAACCUCAAAUGACUAUAACAAUGAGUAAACCAAUUGGGCCAACACGUCCAGAUGCGCAGUUUACACAUCGCCGUGUAGUUGUAGGCUCUCUCGCUACUAAUCAACAACAAUCACAACAAAAACAUUCUGGUCAUAAUGUUCAGCAUGAAGUUUUGUCCACUCAAAGUAAACAAUCAGAGGAUAACAAAUUUCGACAGACUUUUACUGUGGAUCUUGAUUCGAAUGCUUCCAUUCCAAAGUUUAAGUCAGAACAACCUGGCAUAGUCUAUCAACCGAUGAAUGGUACCAAGGCUGCUAAAGAUGACGUAGCCGCGAAACGUCCACGUGUUGAGCUCGAAUCGUUGCAACAACCUCCUGUUGUUCGUAGUGUUAAAGCGUCUGCUUAUUCUGAUCAAAUUAUGUCUUCUCCUGUACGUGAGAGUGGCGCCAUGGCAAAUAAUUUCUUCAAAGACAUACAGCGCCAAAUUCUGAAAGAUAUAAAAUUCAAAAUGUCAACAAAUGCUAAUGUUGAUGAAAAUCAAGGAGGAUUUCAUUUAAGUUCUUUGUCCAAACAGCAAAUUUCUGACAAUAUUCGUGAAGAGAAAAUUAACAAAUUAUCUGUAGAGUUACGAGAAUGUGUGGCAAAGAAAAAACGAGAAUUUGAACAAAGUUAUCGAAAUGAUUGUGAAACUUUUGGAUUUGUUACUCAAAAACUUGUUGAAAAGGACAAAACUUUGGAAGGCCGUUUAAAAGUUGCUCUUUUGGAAACGAUGAAAGAUUUAGAAAGUGAAACAAUGAAGAAAUUUGAUGAAUUUCUUGAUCAAAUCUCUCUUACAUUCUAA